AUGGAACACCAACUCAACCCUGCUACCAAAGCCUUCCUCGUCACCGAAAGCAAACGCUACUCCACCCUCCACGAAGAUUACCGUGGCACCAUAAGCCUCGUCGAGAUCCUCCUCGAUCGCGUUGACCGUUUCGAGACGUUCGCGUUCCGCGGUGCUCUCGUCAAACGCACCAUGACCCACAUCGUCCAACUCUACGACGACCAAGCCGAGAUCAACUCCAUUCCCGGAUACCACGUUGUCCUCCCCAAAGAUCUCCAGCGUCGCAUCUACACCUUCGCUCGCCUCCUACUCUUCGUCGGUCUCCCCCACCUCCCCGGUAACGGCGUUGAACAACUCAAGAAAGCCUUCGGUCUGGUCACCGAAAGGUAUUGGGACGACUCGGGGCGCGACGACAUCGACCACAUCCAAAUCACUGGGCGCGGCGACUUUUUGGGUUCAGCUGCAGUCGUUCGCUUCGAGAAUGAGUUCGGGAGGGUUAAUUAG